CGAAGAUGGCCAUCAAGAAGAGUCCAUGUCAACUGCUGACAGUGAAGAGCCAGGCAGUCUGACCCAUGAUAGGAGGGAGCCAAGUGAAGAGCCAGCCAGUCUGACCCAUGAUAGGAGGGAGCCAAGUGAAGAGCCAGCCAGUCUGACCCAUGAGUCCAUGUCAACUGCUGCCAGUGAAGGGCCAGCCAGUCUGACCCAUGAUGAAAUGAGGCAGCCAAAUCCUCAAGGGACAGGGACAAGAAAAGGAAUGAAACGAAAGUGGGCCAGCGAAGAGAACAUAUGUUUCAUGAACUUUUUUAGAGAUGAAUUAAGAGAAAAAAUAAUGCCAUCUGGCUCAAAAAUAAUGGGGUCCCUAAAAAUACUUACCGGAAGAACAGUGGCCCAGAUAAGGGCAAGGGUCCAUAACAUUAUUAUGAAAAAACAAAAAUGGAAAAAGAAUUGUUGAACUGUGGAAUAUGUUUAUGCCCCUGGUAGGGUGGCAUAUAGCAGUUGAACUGUCCGUCAGUCAGUCAGUCUGUCCAUCUGGCCGAAAACUUAUAUGGCCAUAACUUUUUCAAUAUUGAACAUAGCAACUUGAUAUUUAUACCCCUAUUACAAUUGGUAAUGGGGGCUAUAUAGGAGUCACGUUUGUCGGUCUGUCCCGAUAUUUCAUCCGAUCUUCACCAAACUUGGUCAGUAGUUGUAUGUAGAUAAUGUCUAGGUCAGUUUGAAUAUGGGUCAUGCCAGGUCAAAAACUAGGUCAUGGGGUCACUUAGUAUGUUUUAAACUGUAAGUUUGUACGGACCAUAGCUAUGUCAUUUAUUGUUACAUUUUUAAAUGACUCGGUACAUUUGUUCACCAUCAUGGAACGGUGUGUCGCGUUAAAAAAAAUUACGUCAAUAUCUCAAAGGUCAAGGUCACACUUGGGAGUUCAAAGGUCAAAUGCUUGUCCGGGCCAUAGCUUUGUUUUUUAUUGUGAGAUUUUAAAAUCAUUUGGCACAUUUGUUCACCAUCAUUGAACAGUGUGUCGGGCGAAAGAAUUACGUCGAUAUUUCCAAGAACAAGGGCACAAUUUGAGUUUAAAGGUAAAAAAUGGCCAUAAUUGAGCUUGUCUGGGCAAUAACUAUGUUGUUUAUUGUGCGAUUUUAAAAUCGUUGGCUCUUUUGUUCACCAUCAUUUGACGGUGUGUCGCGCGAAAGAAUUAUGUCGAUAUCUCCAAGGUCAAGUUCGUAGUUUUAGUUCAAAGGUCAAAAAUGGCAAUAAAUUAUCUUGUCUGGGCCAUAAAUAUGUCAUUCAUUGUAAGAUUUUAAAAUGACUGUACAUCAAUUUGUUCAAAGUCAUUGGAAGGCUUGUCAUGUGAAAGAAUUCAAGAGUUCAAAGGUCAAAAUGGCUAUAAAUGAUAAUGGCAUAAUGAUUCUUAAAAAAUCGCCAUAAAUUGUAUUAUCUUGUUUUGUGAAGACAGCAUACAAAAUAAUCAAUCAAUCAAUGCGGUAUGUGGGGGUAACAGACAAAGCUCCAGUUGGCAUGCAUGUGCAUCUUGUGAAGCUGCACAUAUUGAGUGGUGAAAAGUGAAGGUCAAGGUAAUUCUUCAAGGUUAAAUGUUAAAUAUAUUGCUUUUGUCCGUCCGUCUGAAAACUUUAAAAUUGUGCCAUAACUUUUGAGCUCACCUGAGUGCAACAUGCUCAUGGUGAGCUUUUGUGAUUGCCUUUUGUGCGUUGUAUGUCGUCAACAUUUUGCCUUGUGAACACUCUAGAUUCCACAUUUAUUGUCUGAUCUUCAUGAAAUUUUGCAGAACAUUUGUCACAUUGAUACCUCGACUGAGUUCGAAACUGGGUCAUGCUGGGUCAAAAAUUAGGUCACUAGGUAAAAAAAACAACAAAAAAACUUGUGAACACUGUACAAGUCCAAUCUUCAUGUAACUUUGUCAAAAUGUUUGUCUAAAUGAUAUUUUGGUUGAGUUAAAAAUUGGUUCCGGUCCGUUGAAAAACAUGGCCGCCAGGGGCGGGGCAGUAAAAAAAUUUCCUUAUAUGGCUAUAGAGAAACCUUGUGAACACUUUAGAAGUCAAAAUGUUUGCCUUAUCAUCAUGAAACUUAAUCAAAACAUUGGUUUUAUUUAUAUUUUGGACGAGUUCGAAAAUGGUCCAGAUCAGUGAAAAAACAUGGCCGCCAAGGGGCGGGGGAGUUUUUCUUAUAUGUCUUUAGUUAAACAUUGCUAACACUCUAGAGGCCACAUUUAUUGUCCAUUCUUCAUGAAAUUUGGUCAGAAGUUUGGUCUCAAUGAUAUCUUAGACGAGCUGAAAAUGGUUACGUUUGCUUGAAAAACAUGGCUGCCAAAGGGCGGGGCAUUUUUCCUUAUAUGGCUAUAGUAAAACGUUGUGAACACUCUAGAGGCCACAUUUAUUGUCCAAUCUUCAUGAAAUUUGGUCAGAAUAUUUGUCUCAUUAAUAUCUUGGAUGGGUUUGAAAAUUAUUAUGUUUGCUUGAAAAACAUGGCUGCCAUGGGGCGGGGCAUUUUUCCUUAUAAAAAUGGCUAUUGUAAAAUCUUGUUAACACUCUUGAGGCCACAUUUAUUUUCCGAUCUUCAUGAAACUUGGUCAGAAUAUUCAUCCCAAAAAAUAUCGUGGACAAGUUAAAAAAUGAUGCUGGUUGGUUGAAAAACAUGUCCGCCAGGGGGUGGGGGCAUUUUACCUUAUAUGGCUAUAGUAAAACUUUGUUAACACUCUAGAGGCCACAUUUAUUUUCUUAUCUUCAUGAAACUUGGUCAGAAGAUUUGUCCUAAUGAUAUCUUGGAUUAGUUCAAAAAUAGUUUUGUUUGCUUAAAAAACAUGGCCACCAGGGGGCGGGGCAUUUUUCCUAAUAUGGUUAUGUAUCAUGCUUUACUAAAACAUUGUUAACACUCUGUAGGCCACAUUUAUUUUCCGAUUAUUAUGAAACUUGGUCAGAUGAUUUGUCCUAAUGAUAUCUUGGAUGAGUUCAAAAAUGGUUCUAGUUGGUGGAAAAACAUGGCCGCUAAGGGGGCGUGUCAUUUUUCCUUAUAUGGCUAAAGUAAAACCCUGUUAAAACUCUAGAAGCCAUAUUUAUUGUACGAUCAUCAUGACACUUUGUCAGAAGAUUUGUCCCAAUGAUAUUUGGACAAGUUUGAAAUUGGUU